GGCGGAGGUCCCGGGGGACCUCUCGGGGGACGGUGUCCGUGGGCUUCACGCGCCCAAGCAGGCGAGGCUGCGGCAGCGCGGGGGUAAACUAAAGGCGGGGCCACCCAGGAUACACGGUGGCGUCACGGGCGUCGCGCCUUUCCGGAUUACGCAGCCGGGGGCGGGCUGCUCUGAGAGCCAAUCGGGUGCGUCUAUGCACAUAGAGGCGGAGCUAGAGAUCUCGCCAGUUGCGGAAGAGUUGGCCGCUCCGGGGUCCGCCUCCCCGUACGUCCUCCAGCCUUCCCCGCCUCCAGGCGCGCCCCUCUCUGGUGCCCGCAGGCAGCUCGCCGACCGACCCCCCCAUGCGGGGGCCACGGCGCCCCCCGCAGGACCCGCUCGCCGCCCCGGGGACGCCCGAGCGGCGCCUCCCUGAGGCCGAUGCCCACCCGGGAGUCCCCCAAGACCCGCGGCUGCCGGGGGGACCUGCAGACCCGCCCGCCUGGCCCUGGGCCCCCGCGAUUGGUGCCUCCAGGCCCGGAAACCAGCGCCCCCCGCGCUCUGCGCGAGCGUCAACCUGGAGUGCACAGGGCAAGGCCCAAGAAGAUUGUAUUUGAGGAUGAGCUGCCCUCCCGGGCCCCCUUGAGCACCAAGAAGUCUAUUGAAGCCAUCCCCAGGGGGCAUAUGCCAAGGCCCCACCUAGUGCCCGACUAUGAGCUUAAGUACCCACAAGUGAGCAGUGAGAGGGAGCGGAGCUGCUAUGCUGCCGUGUUCCAGGACCAAUACACAGAGUUCUUGGAGCUCCAGCGGGAGGUGGGCUCUGCACUGGCAAAGCUCCAGCAGCUAGAGACCUUGCUGAACUCACUGCCCAAGCCCCGAAGCCAGAAGGAAGCUCAAGUUGCUGCCCGUGUCUGGAGGGAAUUUGAGAAGAAGCAGACGCUCCUGCUUUUACCCGCUCCUGGGGUAGCUUUGGCAAAUGCCUCAGCCUUUGAGACCCAGCUCUGAUGGUGCCUCCUCCGGGAAUCCGUCCCAGGACCUCCUCAGGGACCAGCAACCCAGAGCCCAGAUCUCAGCCCAUCCCCUGCAAGCAGGUCUUGCCUAAGUCUCUAUCUCAGUGUAAUAAACAUUUAUGAAAUGC